AAAGUUACAAAUGUCACCCUUAGUUUGCAUUUUCUCUCAUUUCUUCCCCUCUUUCAAUUCUAAACUCUUUUAAUUUUCCUUUCACUUAAUCUAUUGCACUUUUGUAUUAGCAUCAAAUUGGUUGAUAUAGGAAAAUAAUGGAUGCGCCAGAGGAUGCUUUGUUAGAGAUCCUAGCUCGACAACCAGUGAAGUCGUUAAUUCGAUUCACUAGUGUAUGCAAGUAUUGGCUUGAUAUCAUCUCAUCGUCCGAAUUUGCAACAAAACACUAUGCUACUCGUCUUUCACAAAAUUUUGAUGAAUAUGGUUCAUUAUUGAUCCUGAAUCCCCCAGCUUGUUCCAUUUCAAUUUUAUCUUACAAAAACCUCGCUUUGGAAACAGCCUUUAAAUUUAGACCUGCUGUUGAUUAUGAACAACCUAAGUAUGAUAUAUAUCAUCGCGAUGUAGUUUAUGAGUUAAGCAUUCACGGCCCUUGUAAUGGCCUCUUCCUUCUUUGUUUCACGAAACAUGGAAUUAAGUAUGUUUUGUGGAAUCCUGCUACUAGAGAAAUAUUUAAACUCCCUGCCACAGGUAUUUUUCGAGUGUCUAUUAUCGGUAUUGGGUUUGAUAACAAAACAAAUGAUUACAAAGUUGUUCUUGCUGAUGUAUCGGAGUGUUCUGAUGGGAUGCUAUUGUAUUCCCUUGCUGCUAAUUCUUGGAGGCAUCUUGAUGCCGGUUUUGAAUUUGGGCAUGGUUGUAUUAUUCAUCGGAAUUUAUCCUCGUGCUCAAAUGGUCGUAUGCACAAUUCGAUAUAUUCUCAAAGUAUUGAUACACGUUUGUGUAAUCAUAGCAAAAUUCUCUCUUUUGACAUGGUGGAUGAAGUAUUUGUGCUGACCCCUAUGCCUUAUGAGUUAAACUAUAGCUCUGAGUUAAUAAACUAUGGGUUUUUGGAUCAAGGCUCAAAUCAUAUGUACCCGACCGUGUAUUAUUUGAUAGACCCACAAUGGGUAUGGAUAUUUGGGUUUGAAGGAGUAUGGUCCAACAGGGUUUUGGAACAAACAACAAUCUAUCACAAUUUUUGAUGAUUUUAUCAGAUAUAAUUAUAACUUACUAUUGUGGAAGAACAAGUUUCUUGUGUCUCGCUGCAGUGUUGAACAAGAACCAAUGGUUUGGUAUGAUCUGACAACACGAGAAAUCAAACCGCGUCAAAUUCCUGGAUAAUACAUUUUUAGCUAUACAGAGAGUCUAAUUUCUAUUGCAAAAAUCGCAGGCCAUUCACCACCACCACAGUAUCAUUUAUCAGUUGAAAUUGCGCCUGAGAGAUCACAUCAGAAUGAUUUAUCAAUUGAAAUUCCACCUAGGGCAUUACUUCAGGAUCAUUUAUCUGCUGAAAUUGCACCUGGGGAACUGCCCUUGUUACAGCAACAACAAUAUGCGCAACCAGGAUUGCAACAUGAGCAUCAUCAAGAGGAUUCAUCCGUGGAAUUACCCUUGUUACAGCAGCAACAACAACAAUAUGCGCCACCACAUGAGCAUCAUCAAGAGGAUUCUUUAGUAGAAACUAUGUUUCAACAAGUGCAGCUUGAAGGUGAACUAAAACAAGAAAUUGAUGAAGACAGUGAUAAUUCGUCCACUGACAGCGCGUUCCAGAUGCCUCCUAAAGGAAUAAGUUACUGGGAGAUGGGAAGCAUUUAUAUUGAUUGUGAGACAGAAAUGAAACUUGGUCCUCUCAGAAAAAAAGAGUUGGAUAAAUUAGACAAGCUGCCAUAUGUUCUUCGAGAAGUUAACCAACCAAUCAGUUCUAACCCCUGUAUAUUUUAAGAUUUCAAUUAGGCAAUAAUAUAGCUCUUUCAUUAUCUAUCGUUUUAUUUAUUAUUGGUACUUUAAUUAUAUUGUUUGGGCUGCUCUAAUGUAAUGCACUAGAUAUCUUGAUGAAUUAUCCAA